CCUGGGGCUCCCCGCGGUCCCGCAGCACCCUCUGGCCGACUCCGCGAAGGCUAGGGCUUGGGCGGACGGAGCACCGUGCGCAGGCGCGGAGUUAGACCUCGCCGUAGCCCCCAUCGCCCCGGGGAGUCUCAUCCACAGUGGGUCCGCCGGCCCAUCGGGGCGCUUUCCCUCCUAUCCCCUCCCGGGUUCCCCGCGCGCCCCACGCGCCCCGAUGGCGGAGCUGCGGCCUAGCGUCGCCCCCGGCCCCGCCGCGCCCCCGGCCCCUGGCCCUAGUGCCCCUCCGGCCUUUGCCUCGCUCUUUCCCCCGGGACUGCACGCCAUCUACGGAGAGUGCCGCCGCCUUUACCCUGACCAGCCGAACCCGCUCCAGGUCACCGCUAUCGUCAAGUACUGGUUGGGUGGUCCAGACCCCUUGGAUUAUGUCAGCAUGUACAGGAACAUGGGGAGUCCUUCUGCCAACAUCCCUGAGCACUGGCAUUACAUCAGCUUUGGCCUGAGCGACCUCUAUGGUGACAGCAGAGUCCAUGAGUUUACAGGAACAGAUGGACCGAGUGGUUUUGGCUUUGAAUUGACAUUUCGUCUGAAGAGAGAAACUGGGGAGUCUGCCCCACCAACAUGGCCAGCGGAGCUGAUGCAGGGCCUGGCUCGAUACGUCUUCCAGUCAGAGAACACCUUCUGUAGUGGGGACCACGUGUCUUGGCACAGCCCUUUGGAUAACAGUGAGUCAAGGAUCCAGCACAUGCUGCUGACAGAGGACCCACAGAUGCAGCCUGUACAGACACCGUUUGGGGUGGUUACCUUCCUCCAGAUUGUCGGGGUCUGCACUGAGGAGCUGCACUCAGCCCAGCAGUGGAAUGGGCAAGGCAUCCUGGAACUGCUGAGAACAGUCCCUGUUGCUGGUGGUCCCUGGCUGAUAACUGACAUGCGGAGGGGAGAAACCAUAUUUGAGAUCGAUCCACACCUGCAACAGGAGAGAGUUGACAAAGGCAUCGAGACAGACGGUUCUAACCUGAGCGGUGUCAGUGCCAAGUGUGCCUGGGACGACCUAAGCCAACCUCCCGAGGACGAUGAGGAUAGCCGGAGCAUCUGCAUUGGCACACAGCCCCGGAGGCUCUCUGGCAAAGACACAGAGCAGAUCCGGGAGACCCUGAGGCGAGGACUUGAGAUCAACAGCAAACCUGUCCUUCCACCAAUCAACACUCAGCGACAGAACGGCCUCACCCACGACCGGCCCCCGAGCCGCAAAGACAGCUUGGAAAGUGACAGCUCCACGGCCAUUGUCCCCCACGAGCUGAUCCGCACUCGGCAACUUGAGAGUGUACAUCUGAAAUUUAACCAGGAGUCGGGGGCCCUCAUUCCUCUCUGCCUAAGGGGCAGACUCCUACAUGGCCGGCACUUCACCUACAAGAGUAUCACAGGUGACAUGGCCAUCACCUUUGUGUCCACGGGAGUGGAAGGCGCCUUUGCCACUGAGGAGCACCCUUACGCAGCUCAUGGACCCUGGUUACAGAUUCUGUUGACGGAAGAGUUUGUAGAGAAAAUGUUGGAAGACUUGGAAGAUCUGACUUCUCCAGAGGAAUUUAAACUGCCCAAAGAGUACAGCUGGCCCGAAAAGAAGCUCAAAGUCUCCAUCCUCCCCGACGUGGUGUUCGACAGUCCGUUGCACUAGCCUGGGCCUGGCCCUGCAGGGGCCAAGAGGGGCUCAGCGGCUCCCAGUGACUUCAGUGUGACAGCUGUGUAAAGGAGACGCCUCCGAAUAAAAGGACAAGUGUGAGGAGGCCCGCAGAAUGCUGCACCCGCCACAGGCCCCACCUCACCUCCAGCUCAGGGGCCUUACUCCCAGCUGCCAAGCCCACGUGACUGGGCCUCUGUCCUGCAUGCCAGUGAGUGAGUGGGGCUGCACCUGCGAACCUCCCCACCCACCUGCUGCCGCCACAGGCUCAACUGAUGUGCUCCGAGGAAGAGACAGCCUUGCCAUACCGCCAGGUGUGCCCAGCACACACGCGGAUGCACUGCCCAGCUCAACCCCAGCGGGCCUUUGCGCGGUCGGUCAGGCUGCUCCAGCCCGUGGAACGAUUGCUCCUGUCACGAUUGUUUUUCCUUCCUUAGUUUGUUGUGGAAACCGGAUGGUCUUUUUAUUGCUCAGCAAAGAUGGUCCAGAAGCCAUGUCUAUAGUGGAUUUUUAAACAGGACUUUAUUUAGAUGAACUUUGUCAUUCUCUUAGACAGGGGUCUGGGGGCUCUGCCUCCCCCACACCCUCUGCCCAAGAAGGUGCCUGGUGCUGUCUGUCAGCUCUGAGCCCUGGAGGAGCCUGAGAUAGGGAACAGCCUUGGGGCCAGAUAUGCUGUGGCCUAGAAGGGUGCCACUGCCUUCCAGAUGAACUAGGCUUCUACAAGGCUCUGAGGACAGAAGGGACUCGAGGACAUGGUGGCCUCAGCUAUGUCUUCCAGCCCUUUUCUACCCAACCAGGCCUGCCAAGGAGAGGGUAAAGCCCGCUGCCCCCUCAUCCUGCUCCUCAGGGCCUCCAGCUCUUUGAUUUCCCCUUUCCCCUGGAUUCGCAGCCCCCCGGGCUGUAAGGACUUUAGCUUAUUAAAAACGGAAAAGUCAACCUCUCACUGUCCUUUCAUGUUAAUUCUGCUGACACUGCUCUCUGUGGCCCUCUAUCCUUCCCACGUCCAUUCUUUACUCACUCUUCAUCCUUGCCUUUUCCUUCUGUGGGCCUCAUUCUUUUUUUCUUUUUCGAGACAGGGUUUCUCUGUGUAGCUUUGGAGUCUGUCCUGGGACUCGCUCUGUAGACCAGGCUGGCCUCGAACUCACAGAGAUCCGCCUGGCUCUGCCUCCUGAGUGUUGGGAUUAAAGGCGUGCGCCACCACCGCCCGGCUGUGGGCUCCUUCUCUUAUCCCCAGAACUGUAGAUCUGCAUGCCUUCCAGGAGCCAGCCUGUCUCUGGCCACAUUGGAGGGCUGCUUUUGAGGUAUCUCCCACUUCCGACCUGGAAUUGGCACGCCCCUUUGCUGCACUCCUGCCUUCCUCUCUAGGUCUGAUGUUCUUUCUUCAUUCUGUAAGUUCAUAUCUCUCCAAAGGAAAGGUAUUUUGUCUGUCAGGGACUUGCAAGAGCUCCACCACUCUGCCUCCACCACCUACGAUGGGUACCGCCAGGGUACCACAGGAGGCCAAAGAGCUGCCUGCAGGGCCCUCAAGGAACCUGGCUGGGGGCUCGAGGGAACAAAGGUUAGCUUUUUAAGAAAUAACUCAAUUUGGCUCCUUCUGCAUAUCCCAAAUCGAAGCAGUUAACUCCAAGGCCAGCACUCUGAGAGGCUGGCUGCAGGCCCCCAGCAGCCAGGAUACCAGCCUCUCUGGAGCAGACACCAUGCUGCCUGAGACGUUUCCACAAGGGACACUGCCAACACUGCCUUUUUAAAGCUCUUGUCUUCUGAAAGUUUGGGCCAAGAGAUGCUCUCAGUUUACCUCCAUUCCUUGUCAUCUUGACCAGUGUGGUAGUAAUUCCCCUCCCCCAUUCUCCCUGGAGACCUGCCUAAGGGCCCCUGCUGCAUUCUGCCCUACCUCCAUUUGCCUGGCUUGGGGGCGAGAAUGUGAGCUAUGAGCUGCCUUUUGUCCUUAGUAUGUGUGACUCCUGGUCAACUGCUGCCCUAGGCCUACAAGGUCUUUGCAGACUGAUGGUUGCCACCACCUGCUUGGUGGCCCUAUUCUUGGAGAGCAGGGAAAUGGCAGGUAAACUCCAAAGAGAUGUCAACAGGGCCUGAGGUCUCUCCUGCCUCGAUCCUGUCAGGAACCUCAGGAAUGUCUAGAAUCCUGCUGGGACCAGGACCCAGCAUUCCUUAGUGCAGUGGCUCUCAGCCUGGUGUGACCAGACCUCCUUUCCCUUGGGCUCUGGUUUCUUCCAGAGGGAUCUCAGGGAACAGGAUCGCCCAUUGGGCUGCUGCCUGGGAAGAAGGGCCCCUAACAUCAAUGGAGCAAGACCUACCUUAUCAUGGCACAUGAUGGGUGCUCUGUGCGGGGGGCCCUUUCUUUCCCUCCCUGCAGCCCUGUGGGGCUGUUAGCCCAUCCUGCGGAGGGGUUCAGGAGUGUACCCCCCUCCCCCUGGUCUUCUGCAGACUUCCUCCAGGCUGUCCCCAUCCUUUGACCUUCCAGGUCCUCGGGACCAGAGCUUCCGAAAGGAAGGACCUCUGUCCUCCUGUUAACUAGAGCUCGCCUGGGCCUCCGUGGGCCGUAGAGGGUCGCAAUGCGGGCUGCCAUGCUGGGGAACAGUGUUCUCCUCUUCCAAGUGUGACAUGCUGCAACAGGGCCUGUGGGGGCCUUGGGAGCCCAAAGGGGCCAGGACAUCUGCAGUCCAGACCCUAGGUGCUGGGACUGAGUUUUGAGAUUGAGUUGAGAGCAGGGAGAGGGCCUGAAGUUUGUGCCCCUAUGGGGUGGACCAGCCGAUUACUCCCUGAACUGUAUUUUUUUAACUGUCUUCCCUUUCUGGCUUCCAGGAUCUCGGUGCCAGGUGAGGUGUCUGGGUCCCUGUUACAAGUCAGGAGCCCCAUAGGGAGACCCCUUCUUUUGUACAGAGAUCUGAAUGCUGCGAUGAGCAGACUUUUGUACAUUUUUAUAUUAGUUUUUAAUGUCAGUGGCGACUCAGUUCCUGGGGCUACAGCUGGCUCAGGACUUUUGUAAGAAAUUUUGAGUGACUCACUUAGAUUUUGUUCCCACUUGCCCCUCUUCCUCUGUGUGAUCUAAGUGCAUUAAACAUAUCUGCAGAAGUG